AUGACGAGCAACAACAGCGUGACUCCCUCCUAUUUUCAGUUCACUGUGUUUGCAGACUAUGGGCUCCUCAGAUAUCUUUUCUUCAGCCUGUCUCUGUUGAUCUACAUGACUAUAAUCUCUGCUAAUCUUGUCAUUGUUCUGUCAGUCUGCCUGGAGAACUCUCUGCAUCAGCCCAUGUAUAUUUUCAUCUGCUCUCUGUGUUUAAACUCUCUGUACGGCUCGACCGGCUUCUUCCCCAGGUUCCUGAUGGACCUUCUGUCCGACACUCAUUUCAUCUCACGUCCACUCUGUUUUAUUCAGAUGUAUGUUAUUAAUACUUACGCAGGACAUGAGUUGACUCUCCUCACAGUCAUGGCCUAUGACAGGUUUGUUGCUAUUUGCCAGCCUUUACACUAUCACAGUAAAAUGACAUUUAGGACAGUGCUGCUUCUUUUGAUUUUUGCUGUGCUGUACCCUGCAUUUCUUUUAAGCUUCCUUUUUUAUCUGGCCAGCAGUUUGCCUUUGUGUGGAAAUCAACUGCCCAGGAUUUUUUGUGCCAGCUUCUCUGUAGUUCAGCUCUCCUGUGUGGACACAACUGUGAUCCGCAUAUCAAGCGAGUGUCUUGCUGUGAUAUUAGUCUUCAUCCCCCUGUUCUUUGUCCUGUACACCUACCUGCGCAUUCUGCUUGUUUGCAAGAGAAGUUCAUUCGAAUUCAGAGGAAAGGCCUUUCAGACCUGCAUGCCUCACAUAGUGACCUUUGGAAACUUUUGCAUAUGUCUAUUUUGUGAGGUUUCACUGAGUGGAUAUAAAACUGAUGAGGGAAAUACAUUUGUCACUAUUGUUUUAUCUCUGGAGUUUCUGAUCAUUCCUCCCAUCAUGAACCCUCUGGUGUAUGGCCUGAGUCUGCCUCAGAUCAAAGGAGUGAUUUUCAGAUAUGUGAAGAUUCACUAAACAAUUCCUGCAGCAAACCA